CUUCUUCACUGCACCCAGCUUCCCUCAAUAACCGUUUAUUUUCCACAGACGAUGCCUCUGACCCCUGCCAACCAAGUGUCGUAUCUGCGCUCACUCCCAUCAAUCCGCGAGGGUUGCCACCGCGUCUUGGACCUCGGCAAGCAAGACAAGCUGCCCAACUUCUCGGUAGUCGAGAGUAAAGUCCCAGCUUUAGCUGACUAUGUCAUUAGCGUCAUUCGUCAAUUGUACCCGACGCCCAACGAGGCGAAUGUCCCAUUCCACUCACGCUGGCGCCACUUCGAGACUGGCAACCCGCAACGAGUGGAGAAGAUGACGUCAACUUGGCAUUGUGACAAGUUAGAAAAGGCUCGCCGUCUGCUGGACUUGGCUCUUGUCAGCGUUCUGUUGGAUGCGGGGGCAGGCCCCACAUGGAAGUAUAAGGAACCUGGUACUGAGGAUUUUUACAGUCGCAGCGAAGGUCUGGGCAUUGCCAGCUUUCACAUGUUUGUAGCUGGAAACUUCUCUGUCGAUCCAGAAAAGGACCCGCACCGAGUGGAUGCAACAGCGCUGGCCAAUUUGCCUGAUGAAGCCAUUUCGGAUGCUUUCCAAGUGACGGAUGCAAACCCGUUGGUUGGUUGUGCUGGAAGGACGGAUCUGCUUAAGCGCCUGGGAAAGAGUAUUUCGAAUUAUCCAGAAUUCUUUUCGGGGGCGGAUGGAUCGAUUCGACCGGGGAAUAUGGUGGACUACCUGACCAAGCACCAGAAUGCGAGUGGUGAAGUGUCUGUUACGGAUCUGUGGAAGGCUGUGCUGAACGGACUGCAGGACAUUUGGCCUGCGAGUCGAACCCAAAUCGACGGUCAGAAUAUGGGCGAUGUGUGGGAGUUGUCAUACUUGCCGGAACAUGAGAAGGCUGGCAAGUUCGUGAGCUUCCACAAGCUAUCGCAAUGGAUGACCUACUCACUAAUGGAGCCACUUCAAGAUGCUGGCUUUAAGAUCACUGAUCUCAAGCUGAUGACUGGACUACCAGAAUAUCGCAACGGAGGACUCUUAGUGGAUUUUGGUGUGUUGGUACCGAAGUCUGCUAAUAUUCUGACAGACGAAUUUGACCCGAGCACUGAAGUGAUCAUCGAGUGGCGAGCGCUCACUGUCGCGAUUCUGGACGAGUUGCACAAAGUCAUUCUUGGACGUCUUAACUUCACUGCUGACUUGUUCCCCCUCGUCAAGAUGCUGGAGGGAGGGAGCUGGAAGGCUGGUCGCGUUAUUGCCAAGGAGAAGCGUGCCGACGGUGGCCCGCCGAUCAAAAUCAAGAGUGAUGGCACUGUCUUUUAGACAAGAAAUUUUCAUACCGGUUUUAAUGGUGCCCGCAUGAAGAUG